CUUCGCCAUUGUUGGCAAGAGCCUUUCAGUUUUCUUAAGAGUUCUUUCACCGUGACUUCGCUAUGUAUGCCUCCAAUGUAUAAACAGCCCGCCUAGGUCUGCCGACGAGUCGGACCAACAUAUUUCAUUCGAUCGACAAAUGCAGUAUAGACCAGGAUACCGGGACAAACCCCCUAUUAAUGCUCCCUCUUCUCUCAGACUAGAUGAAUCUCAGGUGUAGAUGCUACAGCUGAACGAAUGUCGUGAACACUUUGUCUCAUACCCUAAUUCGUUGCAAGGAUGGGGCAGAUCUCCUUGGAAUUGACGUUCAUACUCUCUGUUUGGUUGGAGGCAAUUGUCUAUGGUCAGCGAGACCAUCUUGCGAUGCCUGACAGAGAUACUCAAACUUAACCCAGGAUUCUUCACUUGUCUAUUCUUCCUAUCGUUAUACAUCAACCUCUCAGUAAGACGUUGUUCGCACACACUCCAUAGUCUGGUAUAUUGAUGUUCAUUGUGGCAACUCUCCACAUAGCAACCAAUACGUAUCGAAUGAUCGGGGCCUAUGUCUAUCGAGUCAACACUCCUGGUGGAGUCGUCGCCUACCUCAACGACCUCGCUACAUGGCAUCAUGUUUUCAAAGAUGCCUUGUUCUGUACACAAGAAUUGUUUGGAGAUCUCAUUGCCAUGUAUCGUUGUUGGGUCAUCUGGAAUCGCAACUGGAUGGUUAUAGCUCUUCCUUUCCUCCUGUUCCUAGUCUCAGCAGGCUCUGCCUAUGCCGUCAUCGUCCUCUUCACCACUACACCAUCUGAUGCAAACGUCUUCACCAAACGCCUGCAAACCUGGAUUCUAGUUUUCUACGCAACCGAAGUCGUCCAAUCCGCUCUUAUCACCGGGUUCAUAGCAUAUCGCAUCUGGAAUACCGACCGUGCAGUAGCUCCCUUUAGAGCUUCAAAUAAAUCCAAUUUGAUGCCGAUCUUGAGGAUUUUGGUCGAGAGCGUGGCAUUACAACUCCUGGUGGAAAUCUUAGUGUUGGCUUUGUAUGCUGCACAGAUGAAUGCGCAGUAUAUACUUCUGGAAACGAUCUGCUCGCUUGUAGGAAUCACGUAUACUGCUCUUAUAAUUCGCGUUGCGCUCCAACUUGAGCUUUCAAGUUCACACGAGCGUCGUUUAUCGGGUUCAGACGUUCGGGGGUCACCCUGCGCGGUCGUCUUACCUCCCAUGUCCGAAAACAACCUUGCUCCAAAUACCGUCACUUCUCAUCGCAAUCAACGCCUAACUCCCAAUCAUCUUAUAACUCCUAAACUAAGCCCAAUAACAUCAAACAUCGAUACACCACUUCUGGUAUCGCGAUUACAAGGACAUCAAGGGCUUAUCGAGAAGGAGAAGAAGGAAGUUGAAGCCGACGGGGAGAGUCAGAAUCAGUGGGACCGAGAGGAUGUUUGGAAGGAUGAAAGCUCGGCACUGGAAAAUGAGGUCCGGAGUCGAAAUUGGCGUUUGGAGGAUCCAGAGUCUCAGCCUGCAGAACCAUUGUCAGGAUGCCAUCCGAGUCGUUGGAAACGGAGGAAGAGUUAUUAGGAUACGUUGAUUUGCGUGUAUUCCAGGAAGAGCCUGAAACAAAGUUCACAUCAACGAAGGUGCUGUUAGCCAGCGAUGCAUAACCCACCAGCACGUAGGGAGUAUAAUAACUGUACAGUGACACCUACACAAUCGGACAGGUCUAACUUCAGAGUAUUAUAUAAGGUCCAAUAACGAAAUAGGGAUACAGGCGGAUAAUAGUACAAUCUAAGUGAUGCUUCAAUGCAAUGCAUCAGCAACAAGCUCAAGAAUCUCCUUAGUCGACUUCCCAGUGCUCUUCAUAUCCUUUGCAAUAGAUUGCCAUGUCUGGCCAUGAUGGGGCUCGGCAGCAACACAUCGCUUGACGACCUCGUCUUGAUACUC